AUGGCACCUCGCGGAACUCCAAGGGUGACGCCAAAAGUACAACGAAAUAUUUCGACAAAAACGAAUACUACUAAAGCUAAUUCAUCACCAGUAACUGCAAUAAAAAAAGUUAUUGCGACCAGAAAUACCCCGGAUAAAAGCAAUAUAAAAAUGUCAAGUACAAAGAAGAUUGAACCAAAGCAAAGAACUAAUACUGUUACAAAAGUAAGCACACCAAAAUCCAAAGAGAAUAAGCCUAUAAUUCUUUCUGGAAGUGUAACAAAAAGUGCUAAAAAAGCUCUGUGGAAGAGACGUCCCAAACCUGCCCAUUCGGGUGUUCCAGUUCCAGAGAAAAUGAAAAGGUUGUUAGAAGAGCAAUUGCAAGAUUCAGAUUAA